AUGGAAUUUAAAUUUUUUAUAAAGACUUUUCCAUUUAAUGUUUUAAGAUUCAGCGGGAAGCUUUUCCAAUCAUCCCUACGCCUCUUCUUUCUCAUUUUCAAAUACAUUUUCAGGUCGACAACUGACCUGUAUGCAAACAUUCUCGACAGUUUAAAAAGGCCUUGUGAAAACAUUUUAAUCCUUGGGCCUAGGAACUCCGGUAAAAGCUCCCUUCUCUAUCGCAUUAAACUUUCCGAAUUUAUCUCAACGAGUGCUACUGGGUCAAGUAUUGAAGAAGAACUAUAUUUGUGUCGGUUUUGUCUUGUUUCUUCCGCAAUUUGUGGCCACCCUAAACUUCAAGAAUAUGAUAAAGUUAAGGUCAGACUUUAUGAACUCGGUUAUAAUGAUCCCAUUUCAACCUAUCAACAACAAAUACAAAUAUGUAAUAAGAUAAUAUAUGUGGUUGACAGUUUCGGCGAUUUCAGAUACUCUGAGAUAAACAAGGAAAUUUUAACCAUGAUUUCUGAACAUAGUUAUCAUCACAAUCUCCCCAAAUAUGUUAUAUUCCUCGCCAAAAAUGUAUUACUCAAACUCAGUCAUUAUGUUCAGGACAUCUUCGGAGGAAUGAAUUACAAUUCCAUUAGAAAAGCACUUGAAAUUCCUGAACAACUUAACAAUAGGCUAGUUUCCACUUAUCCGCUACUUAACACCUUUAUAUCAUAUGUACAUAGAAGUUCAAUAACCGGUGAGGGAGUGUUUGAAUCACUUUCGUUUUUGUUAUUUGAUAAUGGAGAAAAUAAUAAAAAUGAGAAAAAUGAUUUAAUUGUACUAUAA